GUGCACGUGCGCGCGCGCCCGCCCCAGCUGCGCCCCCGGCCCGCACACACCCCGGCUCGUCUUCUCCCGGUCCCCUAGUCUCGCGCCUUCUCCACCCCUAGAAGUUGCCCCAGGGCCCCUCCCGGGAGGAGUGGGCCCUGUGACGGGCCAGAUGUUGGGGGUCUUUUGUGCAGACACACGCGCCUGGGGCGCUUGCUCCUGGAAGGACAGCGGCAGGACAAAGCCAGCUGGACUCGUGGGGCGCUGCUCGGGAAGCGGCGGUCCCCAAUGCCGCCUGGGGUGGGGGCAUGGCUUGGGGAGCGCUGCCCGAGUCUGGAGAGAGUAGAGAAAUUGCCAAAGCAGAGUGACGGUGAUUUGAUGAGGUGGCGGUGACUUGAUGAGGUGGCGGACAGGGGCAAACGAAAGAAAGAUGCUCGGGAUUGCCGCGCUGUGUGUCUGUCUGCGCGGGUGACUAGGCGCCCCGCAUUCCCAAAUGACCGGGUUACCUAGUAGAUUUUGCCACUGUGUCUUUGUCCCAAGAUGUUAUUCCCCACCUGCUCCGAUUUCUUUCUUUCCUAGGGCUUACUGUUGCUAGUAGACGCUCUGCCACCAGAGGGGAACUCGUGGGCGGGGGAGACUGCGGAGGAGGGGGGAGGUGGUUAUUUAUCCUGUAGAGAUAAUUAGGAGCCGUGACGCCCCCUUCUCGGCCGCCAGCCCUCCACACCUCAACUGCCUUCCUCCACCUCCCUAGUGCACCCUCUCCAGCCCCGUCGGCCGGGAGGGCGCUUGGAUUUCCUUCUCCGAGGCGCGUAUCUAACCCUUCCUGCAUGUAUUUUCACUGCAGGCUGAAGAAAGCUCAGUCUCAAUUGUGUUUCCUGCCUGUCAGCCUCUUGCCUCCUAAACGCGUACCAUUUCCACUUGAUGUCAUCACGCAGAAGGGGGUCAAAGAGACUCGGUGACAGAUACAGAAAUGAACACACCUGCGAGUACUGGAUGCCUGUGAGCUUGCCAUCACCUGCACUGCAAAGGCACAGGGCGGUGGCCUCUGACAAGCAGCUCCUUCCCUUUCACCUUGGCCUUGCCCUUCCUGCUCACGGUCCACCAUGGAGACACUGUCCCAGGACUCUCUGCUGGAAUGUCAGAUCUGUUUCAAUUACUACAGCCCCCGGCGCAGGCCCAAGUUGCUGGACUGCAAGCACACCUGCUGUUCAGUGUGCCUCCAGCAGAUGAGGACCAGCCAGAAGGAUGUGCGGUGCCCCUGGUGCCGUGGUGUCACCAAGCUGCCCCCUGGCUUCUCCGUGUCGCAGCUCCCGGACGACCCGGAGGUCCUGGCUGUCAUCGCCAUUCCACACACUUCUGAACACACCCCGGUCUUCAUCAAACUUCCCAGCAAUGGGUGCUACAUGCUGCCCCUGCCCAUCUCCAAGGAGCGUGCGCUGCUGCCUGGAGACAUGGGCUGCCGCCUGCUGCCCGGGAGCCAGCAGAAGUCCGUCACCGUGGUGACCAUCCCUGCUGAACAGCAGCCUCUGCAAGGUGGGGCUCCCCAGGAGGCGGCAGAGGAGGAGCAGGACAGGCGGGGCGUGGUGAAAAGCUCCACCUGGUCGGGGGUGUGCACUGUCAUCUUGGUGGCUUGCGUCUUGGUCUUCCUCCUCGGCAUCGUGCUUCACAACAUGUCUUGCAUUUCUAAGCGCUUCACUGUGAUAUCCUGUGGCUGAAGAGGGCUGCAGGGAAGUCUCUUGUGGGUGCCAACUUAGGGGUUGAGCAGGUUGAUGAUGAGAUCCCAGUGAGAAGAUGGGGGGCGACACUGACCAUUUGGUGCUGAGCGCUGGCCUCUGGGUUGCCUCUUGAUUACCCCAAGACAGACACAAAGGGCAGAAGGUGAGGUCUCAACAAGAUACCAGGUGAAUUGUUCUGAGUGUUGAUGGCAACAGCUUGGAAGAUGAUUGCAUGCAUCCUCAUAAUCAUGUAUUCAAUGGAUUGUAAUUUAUGAUUUUUCAAAAUCAUGUUACAAGAUAGACAUAUUCUACUUAGACGUUAAACUGUACAAGUGCAUACAAUGUGACCUUCUCUAAAUGCAGUAGAUUCAAACAAAGAUGCUAUGUAGACAAGUAGAAUUAAACCUGCAAAUCUGUGUAAAAAUUCAGUGAAGACAUGCACUGCUGGCUUCUUUACUUUUUUUUUUCUUUUUAUUGAAACCCAGUCUUCAUUUAGUUGCUGAGGCUUUUUAUACAUUUUGAAUGGCACCAAAACAAAAUAAGUCAAAAUGGACAGUCAUUUUUUUUGGAGAAAAUAUUUGAACAAGUGUCUCCAAUGUGUUGUGUUUUGUCAUGAACCUUCCUUUUCUUCACUUGUAAUUAGAGCUCGCUACGUGUUUAUGAAACUGAAAGCUCAACAGGGGAGCAAUAAACUGAGAAAUCAUGAGAAACGUCUAAUCCCACAGGAAACCUGUAUGCCGAUUUUCCUCAAGCCAUCUCACAAAAUAAGAAUUUCAAAUGUAAAUAUUGUGUAGUUGUGUGUGUAUGUAUGUGUGUCUAAUUUGAUUUACCUCAGGUGUUUGAGUCUUUGCUGAAGAAUCCUGGGAUUAAAACUUCAAUGGGCAUGAAUGAGUCAAGUCUCUGAAGCGGUGGCCACUUCAUGGACAUCUUGACCCAGCGAGGAGUCUCCUACACGUCACCUGCAACACUCUCUCCUCUUCUGUGUAUUUAAGUCCUGCAUUUUGUAAGAGGCAAAUGGAGAAUAACAGAAGAGUGUCUUUUCUCCUGGUUUUGGAGUCUUGUGCUGGCCAUGAGUUUGUGACUGAUGGCCAACCCGGGCGGACAUUUUAAUAGAUGAUCUGUGACUCUUUUUUGAAAGAUGCUCUUCCACAAGAGUUAAGCCAGUUAGAAUUCCAGUUUCUUCUUGUUGAUAUGAGAGAAGAUCUCCUGUAUUUUAACACGUUUUUAUCGAGAAAGGUGGCAAGGUAAACUAACAGCUCAAAUUCCCAAUAUAAGUGGACCGGUUCCUCAUAAACUGUCAAAUAUUCUUAAAUGUGUAAUGAUCUAUAGAUGCUCAUGAAGAAAGAUCUGCUAGAAGUAAGUGAUAAAUUCCUAUCCCUGGGUGCAUGCGCAUUCAGAAAGAGCUGUGAGCUUUACAGUUCUCAUCUAACUUCUUUUAUGGAAUUCAUGAAGCAAGUGGUAUGUGACAAGGACUCCACUUAUAAAUAUAACUGUUUUUAUGUUCCACUGGAUCCCUGAAAAUGGUGAGGAGGGUGGGGGGAAGUGAAGGAAAGACAAGCAGGGCUAAUUCCAAAAAGCAAGGCUACAAAAUAGCCCUGUGAGGUCAAGACAAUUCAAUUUAUUUACAUGCUACCUGUUAUCUUCAAGCAGCACAAAAUAUGCAUAUGAAAGUGAUGGAAUUAAUGUGAAAUAAAACAAAAAUACAAUGGCUAGAAUACAAAGCUAAUAUUGCUAAUUGGCAUGAGAAUUCAACAUAAAAUUGUGAGCUCUGAUUUUUCAAAUUUGUCAUAAAACCUUUAGGAAAUGUAUUUGAAAGCUCAAAAUAGAAAUUAGGUUAAAAUGCCAUUUUAUUGUGUAAGCUCUUGGGCAUUAUACAACAAAUAAUCUAGGAUUUAUUUGGUAUUAAUAAUUUAGGUAUCAUAUUAGCUGAAUACUAUCCUCUAUUACAUAACAUAAUAUACCGUUGGGUUAGUGUCAAUUUCUCAAAUUCUCCCAGGCUGCCGUAAUGCAUGUCUGACCUAAUUUCUAUUUCUCUUGGAGGAAAAUACACACACACACACACACACACACACACACACACCCCACAGAAGUGUUGCAUUAAGAAUGCUACAUUUCAAAUAGACUUUGCCCUUGCAAUUUUAAGCUAUGCCAUAUUCAGAUUAAUUUUGUGAGUGAUAUCUGCAUAUGUUUCUGUACAGUAUGAAAUGACUGACCCUGUAGUGUAGUACGUGAUAGAGUUCCACUUGUUAAAGUAGGUUAGAUAUAGACACUAAUGUGUGUGAUGAUAGUGUCCUGUAUUUCUUAGUGCAAAUCUGUACAGUAAAAAUGUCCAUAGAACUUUUACUUAAAAACAAUCCCAUGCUAGAGUUGCCAUUAAGCAGUGCAAAAUUAAUCGGCUGUAUGGUAGAUUCUUGACCUUAAAUUUAACAAUAACAACCAAAAUCAGAUUUUUUUUUUUGUAAGUCUUACUGACCUAAGAAACAUUGUUUAAAUUGUUUAAAUGGAUCUGCUUGCAGUUAUUUGUGUACCUGUUUGUUGGGGUGUGCAUUCUUGUGUGUGUGUGUGUGUGUGUGUGAGAGAGAGAGAGAGAGAGAGAGAAUCUCAGUCUGCCAGAUAUAAUUUUAGAGGCUUAAUGAUGUUUUAAUGUUGCUUGGCAUCCCAUUGCUCUGGCCUCUUCUGGCAUUUACCAAUGACCCUUAACAAACACAUCUACCCAUGUGACCAAAGUCCACUGACAUAAGAGGCCAAGAUUCAUACUUGCACAUUAAUGAAAAGUCACAACUGGAAAGCACAGAAAGUUAGAGCUGAAAGCAGCCUCCGGUGGCUUCAUUUUGUAGAUGAGUCCAUUUUGUAAUUCUGCAGGAAAGGGGGGAUAUGAACUUCACACUGCAGUGUCUUCUUGCUCCAUCCUAGGUCUGUCUACAUCUCUAUCUGGCUACGAUCCUUUCUAGGAUUGAUGAAUACCCUUUACUGAGUCAACUAUUACUUUAAUGGAUUUUUUUGUAGGUUUAUGUACUCAUUUUAGUUAGCAUCUACCUCUCUGGGAAAAUGAAAGGAGGGUUGACUUAGGGAUGAGUAUAGAUGUUGAAAGACAACUAUCAAACCAUGUGGUUUGAAUUUUGAAGAUUGUAAAACAUUGGUGUCCAAACCUCCCACCCCACUUGUAUGUAAAGGACAGUGAGUGUUGUGUAAAUAGUAAACUAUAAGAAGCAUGAAUUUUCAUCUUUAUUAAUGACCUUGAAAUAAGGAAGAGAAUGCUUAAUAUGUUAAGUAGAGCCAAGAAUGCUACUAAGAAGCAUUGUCUUUGGAAAAAUUUUGUAUAAUGACUUGGGGCAUAAGUUGUGAUGAAAAGGCAACUUGGUUUUUGGUUCCAGUCAUACUUAAUGAUCAGAAAGCUCUAAGAUAUUUUCUUUAAAAAUAGAAUUAAGUUUAAUUUUUUGCAUGGCUUACAGAUUGGGUCUCUUGAAGGUUAAACCAUGUGAUGGUAUAACCUGUGAGAUCUUCUAGAUUGGCACUGUUCAAUAGGGCUUUCUGUGAUGAUGGAAAUGCUUGAAAACCUGUGCCGUCUGGUACAGUAGCCACCGGGCACAUUGACUUUUAGGCAGUUAAAAUGGGGUUACUACAAGGGAAGAACUGGAUUUCAAAUUUUAUUUAAUUUUAAUUAGCUGAAAUUUAAAUAGCCCUAUGUGUCUAGUGGCUGCCAUAUUGAAUGACGCAGUUCUAGGUGAUAGCGCUUGGGGAUCCAGCAUCAAGGUAUUAAUGGAGUAACAGUGAGGCUAAGAUGAGAGUUUGUGGGCUAGUGACAUGCAGUUGGCAAAAGGCAAAACAUUCCUUUCUGGGCUUAAAAAGUAUGUGAUCUCAAGAAUGACAGUAAAAAUUCAUUGUUGCCCUUUGGAACUGUUGCUUAUAGAUUUUAGGCCAAGGAAUGAUCAGUGAAGCUUAAAGAGUGCUUUAUUAAGUCCCUUUUCUGGGAUCAUUAGCUGCAUGUUAACCUGUUUUCCAAAAAUAGUAGUUAGACAGUAGCUGUAAAACGUUUGACUUGCAAGCUAUGCAUGACCUGUACUGUGAAAUUGUGUCUAGGGUCUUGUGGCCAAAAAGUAAAUGUUACAGGAAAAAAAAAAAAGCCUAAUGAAAUUCCUGUUCACUUCCAAUAUCUUAUCCAAACUUCAUUGCUGUAUUAGUAAGGUGCAAAUAUAAGAGCAAGCGUGUUUUGCAGUGUUCAGACUGGUUUUGUUUGCCCUUGAAGUCGGCCAGCUUGUCAUUGUAUUUGGUGUAGGCAUAUGUGGGCAUCAUUUUUCAGAUGCCAAACUAAAAUGUAGGUACUAUUUUUAGAAUGAGAUUUGACAUUGUUUUAGUGUCUUUCUUUUUUAAGCAAAAUUUCAGUUAUCCCUGAAAGAGUUGAAGAUUUGAAGCUUUGCACAAAAGCACUUUUUUUAACAGUAAAAAAUAUUGCCCAUGAAAUUUAAAGACUUGAAGGUUACUAAAGAUACAAUAAUUAUUUUUUAGCUAAAUAAAAGGAAGCAGAAAAUUCGGUUUGAGAUAUAUUUUCCUAUAAAGACCAGAUUCUUACUGAUAAUCUGGUAUUUAUUCCAGUCUAGAUUUUGAUUUGAAGAGUUCCCAUCCCUUUAUUUGAAAACUUAUGUUGUUUCAAAAUUGGUUAGUCUGCUUUUCAUCGUUUUCCAAAUGGAAUAUAUACAAAAUACAUUUACUUCAUUUUAGCAGAAAUGGGUUGGUUUUGUUUUCUAGAAGUGAUCAAUGUGCAAGACUUUCCUUAGCUUGCCUUUAAAAAUCAUUUAAUUUUUUUUUUUGCCAAGAUAGUAAUCUUUCUUUAGCCUUAAUAGGAAGAUAGAAGUUCAAAAGUUAUUGGUGCAAAAGGAGUGAUACAGAAAAGACUUCGAUUUCUAUCUUUUCUCAGAAAAAUGAUGCUGCCCACCAGUCAGCAUUUUGUUUCCACAUAAGAAGUGUCAGGUAGUCAGUUUGUCAUCCCUGACCUAGAUAGAGAAGCUGUUCCUUGACGUUUCCAUCAUUCUCAGUAAAUUGUCACCUACAAGGUAAUUCUUACCAAAACAGAAACUAUUGAGAAGAAUAAGAUAGUCAAGAUAAUUCAGUAGCUGUUUUGAAAGUAAUAGUCUAUUUAAAAAGCAAUGAUGUUCAGUUGCUGGAUUUUGUUCAACAUGAGACAUUUAUUUAUUUAUUUAUUUAUUUAUGAGAUGGAGUUUUGUUCUUGUUGCCCAGGCCAGAGUGCAAUGGCAUGAUCUCAGCUCACUGCAACCUCCACCUCCCAGGUUCAAGCUAUUCUCCUGCCUCAGCCUCCCGAGUAGCUGGGAUUAUAGGCAUGCACCACCAUGGCCAGCUAAUUUUGUGUUUUUUAAAGUAGAGACAGUGUUUCUCCAUGUUGGUCAUGCUGGUCUCCAACUUCUGACUUCAGGUGAUCCACCCGCCUCAGCCUCCCAAAGUGCUGAGAUUACAGGCAUGGGCCACUGCCCUCAGCCAACAUGAAACACUUCUAAAAGAUAAGUGGAAAUUCAAGCCAUUGAUUUUUCUGACACAACUGACUUACUACACACACACACACACACACACACACACCACGAUUUAGCUGUAAUUGGAGUUAAAAAUCAGUAAAAAACUGUUAUUAGUCAUGUUUUCCAAUUUGUGAGUUAUACAAUAUUGGAUUAGAUACUAAUUUCUUAACUGUUGCUAUGGGCUGCAUGCAUUAUGUCAAACUAACUACAUUUGGGAGUGUCUAUAUAAACACUUGAAACUUUUCAAAUAUAUGAAGAGGUAGGUUCUACUGUAUACAUUUUAUUGGAAAACCAUUGAUCAUUGAAGAACAUAAGCAGAUGGGGCAUUUAAUUUCUUCCAAAUACCUUAUUUUUUGGAUCUGCUCAAGUGGUUAGGGCGAAUGCACCAUUAUUCCUGAACCCCUGCAAUUUGGUUCCCAUUUUCCUGCACAAAUUUUCUUGCUCAGUCAAGCCAAUGACUUUUUUUUUGUUGUUUUUCAGAAUUCACUGCCUGGGUUAUCCCACUAUAUGUAUCUCACCUAUGAUGUAGUGGUGCUUGAAACAUUCAUCUCAUUAGCUAGAUUUUAUUAUUCUAAUCUAAGGUUUUUUAUAUUAUUCAUACUAUGAUAUUUUUAGGGACAAUCAGUAAUAUUUGAGGCAGAGUACUGAGGGACCUCUUGAAGUCUGCAACAGCAUGCAUUUUCUUUGUUUUCGUGGGAGUGCUUCCCUGUAGCUGUCUUUGUUCUAGAACACUGCUCUAAAUUUAUUGCCAUGGGAUGUAGGGCUAGUAGCCCAUGUGAAAAUCUUCUGUAAUCUCCUUGGGGUAUGAGUUAUUGGGUUAUUCUAACAGGAGUUUUCCAAAGGGAUGGGCCAUUUGUAAUUCAACAUUUGCUUUUUGAAAAUCCAGAAGUAGACAGUUGGAUAUAAUAGUGGUGGAAGAGCAUGGGCUGUAAGCAGAAGGAAAUAGAGAUGACAAAUGCCUCUUAAAGGGGAUCUAGUUGAUACCUCUGUUAAAUAGUGGGAGAACACAGUAGCUGGUACCCUACACUGUGCUUUAGGAAAAUCCUAUGAAGAUUUCAUUUACAAAUCCUCAUAGGAUUUUCUGGGUUGAGGGACAACCCAACUAUUAAGUAGAGGGAGAGGGAGAGGGAAAGGGAGACGUGAAGCACUGGGUCUAUGUGAAGGGACAGGCAGAUAUACCCACAGAGGGAGAAAAUACUUAAUAAAGGAAGAGUAUAGCUGCAAAACAAGACAUAUAGGAGCUGAAGGCCAGACAUGGCAGAAACCAGCUGGAGAAAGAAGCACAUGACAACCAGGACAACUUAGUCAAGCACAAUCUGUCAUUCCAGUAUGGACUAUCAAGUUCAAUUCAGGAUGCUUCAGCUGAAGACAUGUGGGGUAAUGUGCUCAGCUGAUGAGGGUCCAAGGAGGCCCCAUUUUCCCUAUCACCCUGUCCUGUGCUUGUGGUUUGGACUGUUAGCACACUAGGCAAUUUCAGAGCCUGCUCUAGAGUUGGUUUCCACGUCAGUGCAGACAGACUCUAGAAUCCUCUUAACCAUGGAAUGCAAGGCCUAUUCCUGUGGAUCUAUCCUGACUUGAGUAUGUUAGUACUGUUGGGAAAAUGAGUUCAAGGAUAUUUCAGUUUAUAUAUCCUGGUUGCUGUCAUAUAUUUUUUCAUUUCACCACUUGUUUGUGUUUGCCUCACUCAACAGUCAUAGGUAUAGAAGCUGGUUUCAGCUUGGGGCUGUUACGAACUCCCAACAUAAGCCAUGUAGCUGCAACCCAGGGUUCCUCCCACCCUGCGGCUUCAGCGGUGGGUUCCCUGGCCCUCUUGAUAACAAAUACUCCAGUCUAAUGGCUAUAUUAAUGCUGCUCAGAGGCUAUUAACUCAAAUCCUUGGUGUGUUUCAUUUACAAUUAUGUGGAUUAUUUAUUUUAGGAGCUUUUUUUUUUUUUAAGGGCCAAAUAGCCCUACAGAUAAAUGAGCUGCUGGGCUGUGUAGAAAAUAUUGUCCAAAUGUUGCCAAAUAUUGACUUCGUAAAGGGGAUAUCAAGCUGCUGUUUAUAAAUCUGAAUGUCUUAAAAGCGUUCUUGCUUGCUCUCUCUGUUAUAGAUGGUAUCUUAGCCAGCCCUGAGUUUUCCAAUGAACCCAAUUUUAAUAUAUGGUAUUUUUGUAUGCCAAACUGGUGUCUUGUCCUUUGUAUAUGUGGUAAUGUUGAUUUUAUGACUACUGUAAAAACACAUUUGCUAUGAUUAAAAUUCAUAAAAUGAUUUCAAAUAGA